AAAGGGGCGGGGUUUGUUAAAGGGGGCGGGGCCUGGGCGGUCCCGGGGGGGCUCCCAAUGAUCCCAGCCCCCCCCUCCCCCCUGGCGUUCGGUAACUGGGAUGGACUGGGAUGGACUGGGAUGGACUGGGAAUGGAUUGGUCCAGGGGAACUGGGCCAAACUGGGCCAAACUGGGCCAAACUGGUCCGGACUGGUCCAGGGGAACUGGGAAUUCUGGGCCCAAACUGGUCCAGACUGGUCUGGACUGGUCCAAACUGGUCCAAACUGGUCCAGGGAACUGGGAAUUCUGGGUCCAAACUGGGCCAAACUGGUCCAGGGCAACUGGGCCAAACUGGGCCAAACUGGUCUGGACUGGUCCAGGGGAACUGGGAAUUCUGGGUCCAAACUGGUCUGGACUGGUCCAGGGAACUGGGAAUUCUGGGUCCAAACUGGUCCGGACUGGUCCAGGGAAACUGGGAAUUACUGGCCCAAACUGGCCCAAAGUGGUCCAGACUGGUCCAGGGGAACUGGGCCAAACUGGGCCAAACUGGGCCGGACUGGUCCAGGGGAACUGGGAAUUCUGGGUCCAAACUGGGCCAAACUGGUCCAAACUGGCCCAGGGAACUGGGAAUUGCGAGUCCAAACUGGUCCGGACCGGUCCAGGGAACUGGGAAUUCUGGGUCCAAACUGGGCCAAACUGGGCCAAACUGGUCCAGGGGACUGGGGGAUACUGGUCAGGGGAACUGGAGCAAGCUGGUCCAAACUGGUCCAGACUGGUCCGGACUGGUCCAGGGAAACUGGGAAUUACUGGCCCAAACUGAUCUGGACUGGUCCAAACCGGUUCAGACUGGUCCAGGGAACUCAGAGAUACUGGGCCAAACUGGUCCAGAAUGGUUCAGACUGGUUCAGACUGGGUCAAACUGGUCCAGACUGGUCCAAACUGGGCCAAAGUGGCCCAAAAUGGUUCAGACUGGUCCAAACUGGUCCAAAGUGGGCCAAAGUGGCCCAAACUGGUUCAAACUGGUCCGUUCUGGUCCAAAGUGAACCAAAAUGGUUCAGACUGGUCCAAACUGAUCCCAACUGGGCCAAACUGGUCCGUACUGGGCCAAACUGGGCCAAACUGAUCCUAAGUGGUCCAAGGUGGCCCAAACUGGUCCAAACUGGUCCAAAGUGACCCAAAAUGGUUCAGACUGGUCCAAACUGACCCAAACUGGUCCGUACUGGU